CGACUGGGGGUGGGGGGAGCUUGGGCGCUGCCUCCUCCCACUUCGAGCUCCGUUCUUCCUGCAUCAGAAGAGCUUCGUCUGGGGCUCGAGGAGGUCCGGAGUCACACCACAGGCAGCAGCCGAGUGCCACCAGCGAGCAGUGCCAGCAUGUCUUCCAACUCCAGCCUCAACACCAUGCAGCGCCUGGUGGAGCAGCUGAAACUAGAGGCCGGCGUGGAAAGGAUUAGGGUCUCACAGGCAGCUGCAGAGCUUCAGCAGUACUGUAUGCAGAAUGCCUGCAAAGAUGCCUUGCUUGUUGGACUUCCUGCUGGAAGCAACCCAUUUCGGGAGCCCAGGUCCUGCGCAUUGCUCUAAAGACAGGGAAGGUUCUCAGGAAAUUCUCUUCAAGCAUGAGGAAUCCCAACAGCCUUCCUUUUUUCAACAAACACUUUCUAUGUCCUUACUUUUGUGUGGCCAAAACAGUUUGUUUAGAUAUUAAUUAGUCUGCUUGACUGUCUUAGUAACUGAUUAGACGUUUUGCUGGUAUAUGUAUUAAGGAAAAUGCUUUCCUUUCAUAAUUAAGUCAGCCUAUUUUCUACACUUAUUCCUCUGAGAUGUUUACAUUUUAGAAAAGAAAAUUACCCAAAGACUUAUUCCUUAGUUAAUUUUGUGCCUGAAUGAGGCACUCACUAGGUACCUUACUAACAGCUUUUGACUUUUCUGAACAAAGAUGCUUACAGUGAGCACAAUCCAACCACAGUUAGGCCCAUUUAAGGCUGCAAUUCAAUGCCCUUUGAACUCAGUAGGACUUACUUCUGAGUAAAUAUACAUAGGCUGCAUUUCCCAUUGAUUUCACUGUGAAACCUGAGCACAUACUUAACUUUGGCUGGAUUGUGCUACAUUUUAGUAAGAGAACAGUGGCCAUCUAUCCCAUAUGGAAAGACGAGUGGCAUCUAGGACCUUCAAGCAGCACAGUACUGGCAACAGAAGCGCCUUUCCACGAGUGGAAGGAAGGUUGCAUUCACACAGAGGAACUGCAUGAGUGCAACGGGUUCUUCCUAGAAAGUGCUUCCUUCCGCCAACAUCGUGCUAGGCUGGAAGGUGCCAACAUUUUCUUUAUAAAAUGUUGGUUCUUCUAUUUUUGAAAUCAGUGGGUGACAAUUUACUGAAAUAGCUGAUGUCAUCUGUAAUGCAAAUUGAAUUCUUACCACAUGUUCUCCACAGAAGGUCUAGUCUGUUUUUAUGUUUGAUUGUUCUUCUACAGAAAACUGUUUCUCUGAAGUUUAAGUUGUACUCGGCAAAUAAUCACAUUGAACAUACACUACAUAAUAUGAAUGCAAACAGUCCCAUAGGCCAAACCUUUUCAUGCCUUGAAAUAUUAUUGGAACCUCUACAAAUCCAUUUUUGGGUGCCUUUGUUCUUUGGGGCUUUUUUUUUUUUUUAACCGAGCACUUUUACACAAACACUGUUUACUUUUUUUAAAAAAAUAUUCUGUUUAAACCAUUGUUUGUAUUAAUAUAUUAGAAGCUUUUAAAAAUCUUUCCCUGA